CAGAUUCAACUAACCAGAAAGCGGGGGCCAGGACAUGUUGGUCAAAACGCGCAAACUCUCUGUUUGGGUUGACACUGCUUUUUUUAACUAACAAUCGCGUCUCCACGAAGCGCAGAAUCAAAAUCUCCCAAACAACACCUCAACCACCAUGGCUUCCUCCAUCAAGGAUCCCCGAGAGGAAGUCCUUCAAGCAUGGUACAUGGAUGAUAGUGAAGAAGAUCAGAGGCUUCCUCACCACAAAGAACCCAAGCAGUUUGUGUCAUUGGAGCAACUUGCCGAACUUGGAGUUCUUAGUUGGCGAUUGGAUGCUGAUAACCAUGAAACAGAUCCAGAGCUGAAAAAGAUCCGUGAAGAACGGGGCUAUACCUACAUGGAUGUCUGUGAGGUCUGCCCGGAAAAGUUGCCAAAUUAUGAAGAAAAAAUCAAAAGUUUCUUUGAAGAACACCUUCACACUGAUGAGGAGAUCCGCUUUUGUGCUGCUGGAAGUGGUUAUUUUGAUGUUAGAGAUCGAAAUGAUGCUUGGAUUCGUGUAUGGGUAAAGAAAGGAGGAAUGAUCAUCUUACCUGCUGGAAUUUAUCAUCGCUUCACACUUGAUGAGAGCAACUACAUUAAGGCUUUGCGAUUUUUCGUUGGUGAACCAAUUUGGACUCCGUACAAUCGCCCACACGAUCAUCUGCCUGCGAGAGAGGAAUAUAUCAAGGCUUUUGUGGAAAAUGAUGUUGCCAAACAAACUGUUGAUGCCGCUGCCUAAGAUUGGAUGAAAAGACUAUGAUUUCACUGCUUUAAAACAAGAGUUGAACUCAAAAGAAUUAAUGCUACCUCUGGAUAAAGAUGCUACUCUUUAUGUUGUUUGUGUUAUUCACCCAUUAACUUUGAUGGUGUUCAAAAGUUUAAUGCAAGCGUUGUUUUUUUAAUAUGAUGGACAUCAGCAUAUCAGCAUUUUAUUGUAAUAAUAUGUUCUUCUUUGGCUGUA